AUGGCUGAUACUGGUGGCUGGAGCACCAUCGAGUCAGACGAGGGUGUUUUCACCUCGCUGAUCGAGACGCUGGGCGUGCAAGACGUGCAAUUCGAAGAGCUGAUCUCUCUCGAUGCCGACACAAUCCGUUCUUUAGGCCCCGUCUACGGUGUAAUCUUCCUCUUCAAAUGGACCCGCGAAGCAGCCGGCGCCCGCCAGGAAGCACCCAUAGACGGUCGCUACGACACAAGCGCAAUCGACAACACCAACCUCUUCUUCGCAGCGCAAACCAUCCAAAACGCCUGCGGCACACAGGCCAUCCUCUCCAUCAUCCUAAACCAAGACCACCCGCCAGCCCCCCUUCCUGCGAUCUCGCUCGGCACAGAGCUAAGCUCCUUCAAAGAAUUCACAACGGGAUUCCCACCCGAGCUGCGCGGCGAGGCGCUCUCCAACUCGGAAGCGAUCCGCAGCGCGCAUAACACCUUCUCGCGCGCGAGCCCCUUCGCCGAUGAGACGGCCCGGCCGCAGGACGAGGAGAAUGCCGCAGACGUGUAUCAUUUCAUUGCGUACACGCCUGUGAACGGGACGCUCUACGAGCUGGAUGGACUGCAGCCGCAUCCCAUUAGCCAUGGGGCCUGUGAUCUGGCUUCGUUCCCGGAGACGGUGAGCGAGGUUCUCCAGCGCCGCAUUGCGCGGUAUCCGCCUGAAGAAACGCAUUUCAAUCUUAUGGCGGUUGUGCGCGAUCCGAGGAUUGCGGCGCGCGAGAUUGGUGAUGCGGAUACUCUUGCGCGGGAGGAGAGGAAGCGCGCUGCGUGGGCGUGGGAGAAUACCCUGCGCAGGUGGAACUUUGUUGGGUUUAUUGGGGAGAUGAUGAAGGGUGUUGUUGCUGAGAAGGAGAAGGCGGCACCAGAUGGGAGGGCGUAUGAAGAGUGGGUGGCGGCGGCUAAGGAGACGCGCAAGAAGUUGGAGAUGCGUCGGUAG